UGUUUAGUGUGCGUCUGUUUUCCAAAUGCAGGAAUCCCAGGUACCAGUACCCACUUCCCCACCACCCGCGCGUGCGGCGCCGACGCACACGUGCCAGCCGGUGACCACACGCUUCAUUCGGGGUCCACGCCCAUGCGACUCGGUACCCGGCGUUGCACGUCGUCGUCGUUGUGGUUUACUGAUACCUUUCUUGGAUUUCGCUGGAGGUGAAAUAAGAUAGUCUGGUAGUUCUUGAAAUCGGAAAGGAGGAGAUGGGGACUUGCGUCUCUAGGCCGGAGGGGUGCGUGCGAGUGCGGCGGAAGAGCGGCGAUGGGCCACGGAAGCGGAGGAGAAGGAUGGGGAUCAGGAGGAGGGUGUCAUCUUCUCGGAAGUCUAUGGAGACGAUCGACGAGAUUCCCGGAGAGGAACGUGGUGAUGAUCAGCCGGUGUAUUCUAAUCCUACAUUUCAAGGUAGUCUUGAGGAGGCUUGGUUUGACACAAUAGCUAUAAUGGAGUCAGACUGUGAUGAUGAUUUUCUGAGCGUUCAGGAAGAUGUGCUGUCUUUAAAUGGGUUGGAAGGUGCACCUACGUUGAGUUUGCAAUCUCUCAAAGAACGUCACUGUGGAGAACUUCAUUCUAAUGUGCCCCUUGCCACUUCCACUGAGCAAAAGCAGAGGAGUUCAAAACUAGGAGACCAGUCAACAGGGACCUCUGUGAAUGGUGUGAAUUUUCAAUCUGAUGUUAAUUUCAAUGGCGCAAAGCCUUUUGUGAGCCAUGAUGAUAUAUCCAGCCAACCUGUAGAUGAAGGUCUUGGCACUGGAGGAGGAAUAUUAGACAACUGUGGCAUUUUGCCAAACAAUUGCUUGCCCUGUCUUGCUCCUACUGCUCUGACUAUUGAAAAGAGAAGAUCACCAAGUUCCAGCCCACCAAACUCAAAGAAAAAGGCACCACUGAAGAUUUCUUUCAAGUGGAGAUCUGGGGAAGGUCAUAAUGCUGCUGCACUAUUUUCUGCUAAGGGCUUUAUUGAAAGACCACUAGCAGGGUCUCAAGUACCAUUCUGCCCAGCUGAGAAGAAUAUGUUGAAUUGUUGGUCAAAAAUUGAACCAUGUACAUUUCGGGUUAGAGGAGAAAAUUACUUCAGGGAUAAGAAGAAAGAUUAUGCUCUUAAUUAUGCAGCAUAUUAUCCCUUUGGUGUUGAUGUCUACUUAUCCCAACGGAAAAUUGAUCACAUUGCUCGAUUUGUAGAACUUCCAACAGUAGAUUCAUCCUGCAAGUUACCACCCCUCCUUGUUGUUAAUGUCCAGGUUCCACUGUAUCCUCCAACAAUCUUUCAGAGUGAAACUGAUGGAGAAGGAAUGAGCUUUGUGUUAUAUUUUAAGCUCUCAGAAAGCUAUUUGAAAGAACUUCCAUUGAAUUUCCAAGAAAAUAUCAGAAGGUUGAUUGAUGAUGAAGUCGAAAGGGUUAAAGGCUUUCCUAUGGAUGCAAUUGUACCUUUCCGAGAAAGGCUAAAGAUAUUAGGCCGAGUGGUGAAUGUGGAUGAACUUCCUCUAAAUGCAGCAGAGAGGAAGCUUAUGCAUGCAUACAAUGAAAAGCCUGUUCUUUCUCGUCCCCAGCAUGAGUUCUACUUGGGAGAGAAUUAUUUGGAGAUUGAUUUGGAUAUGCACAGAUUUAGUUAUAUAUCAAGAAAAGGGUUUGAUGCAUUUCUAGACAGGUUGAAGCUUUGUGUCUUAGAUAUCGGCUUGACAAUUCAGGGAAAUAAACCGGAAGAUCUACCAGAGCAGAUCCUCUGUUGUCUGCGUUUGAAUGGGAUCAACUUCAUUGAGUACCAUCAACUUGCGGUUCAUUCUUUGAGUUGAGAGAUGACAUCCUAGUUCCAAAAUUGCGUAGCUUUUUGUAUGCUAUGAAGAAAACCCAGCAAAGACCAAGAACGAAGAACAAGAACAAAGUGAAAUUAGAGACAAGAAGGAAAACUCAAUCGAAACUCACAUAACCCUUUCAGAUUUUGUUGUUGGCUCUUAUAGUUAUAUAGAACGAACCAACGGUUGGGAUUACAACAUAACGUCUCACAACAGAUCUUACAACCACUAGGCCUGUCAAUUUGGGUUGGCGGGGUGGGCCGGCCCGCGGCCUGCCAUUUUGGCGGGCUAGCAAAAUGCCAGCCCAAUCCGACCCACUUUGGGUUACGGGCUAAACGG